UGGGCCCUCAGACUCCCUACUUCUUCUGGCAUCUUCCACCUCUGCCUCACAUUCUGGUUGGGCCAGAUGGGCUUGCUGCAGGGACACCCCCAGUGCCUGGAUUACGGGCCCCCCUUCCAGCCCCCGGUGCACCUCGAGUUUUGCUCAGACUACGAGUCUUUCGGCUGCUGUGACCAGCACAAGGACCGCCGCCUCGCGGCUCGGUACAAGGACAUCAUGGAUUACUUUGACCUCAGGGGCCAUGAGCUGUGUGGGGGCUACAUUAAGGACAUCCUCUGCCAGGAGUGCUCGCCCUAUGCCGCUCAUCUCUACGAUGCUGAGAACCCUCGGACGCCCCUCCGGAACCUUCCUGGCCUCUGCUCUGACUACUGCUCCGCAUUCCAUUCCAGCUGUCACUCUGCCAUCUCCCUACUGACCAAUGACCGUCACCUGCAGGGCUCACAUGAAAAGGAUGGUGCCCAUUUCUGCCACCUCCUCAACCUUCCUGACGAGGACUAUUGCUUCCCUAAUGUCCUGAGGAAUGACCAUCUCAACCGCAACCUGGGUGUGGUGGCCGAGGACCAGCAGGGCUGCCUGCAGCUCUGCCUGACCGAGGUGGCCAAUGGGCUGAAGAACCCGGUCUCCAUGGUCCACGCUGGGGACGGCACCCAUCGCUUCUUUGUGGCCGAGCAGGUGGGCGUGGUAUGGGUCUACCUGCCUGAUGGCAGCCGCCUGGAACAACCCUUCUUGGACCUCAAGAAGAUCGUGUUGACUACUCCCUGGAUAGGGGAUGAGAGAGGCUUCUUGGGGUUGGCUUUUCAUCCCAGAUUCCGCCGCAACCGGAAGUUCUAUAUUUAUUAUUCAUGUCUGGGCAAGAAGAAGGUAGAAAAGAUCCGGAUUAGUGAGAUGAGGGUUUCUCGGGCUGAUCCCAACAAAGCUGACCCCAGAUCAGAAAGAGUCAUCUUGGAGAUAGAAGAACCAGCCUCAAAUCACAAUGGCGGACAACUUCUUUUUGGUGUGGAUGGCUACAUGUACAUUUUCACUGGGGACGGAGGACAGGCUGGGGAUCCCUUUGGCAAGUUUGGAAAUGCUCAGAACAAAAGUUCCCUGUUGGGGAAGGUGUUACGGAUCGACGUGAACAGGGCAGGCUCAGACGGCAGACCUUACCGAGUGCCCCCGGACAAUCCUUUUGUGACCGAGCCUGGGGCCCACCCGGCCGUGUAUGCCUACGGGGUCAGAAACAUGUGGCGCUGUGCCGUGGACCGAGGGGACCCCGUCACACGCCGGGGCCGAGGCCGGAUGUUCUGUGGGGACGUGGGACAAAAUAGGUUUGAAGAAGUUGACAUCAUUGUGAAAGGCGGGAACUACGGCUGGAGGGCCAAGGAAGGGUUUGAGUGUUACGACAGGAAGCUUUGUCACAAUGCCUCUUUGGGUGACAUUCUGCCAAUCUAUGCUUAUGGCCAUGCAGUGGGGAAGUCAGUCACUGGAGGAUACGUCUACCGUGGGUGUGAAUCCCCAAAUCUCAAUGGCCUCUACAUCUUUGGGGACUUCAUGAGUGGUCGACUUAUGGCUUUGCAGGAAGAUAGGAAAACCAAGAAAUGGAAGAAACGGGACAUUUGCCUCGGCAACACUGCGUCCUGUGCCUUCCCAGGGCUGAUCAGCACCUACAGCAAAUUUAUCAUCUCUUUUGCUGAAGAUGAAGCAGGGGAGCUCUACUUCCUGGCCACCGCCUACCCCAGCGCCUAUGCUCCGCACGGAUCGAUUUACAAAUUUGUUGACCCAUCGAGGUGAGCUUUGGUCUCAUUUUCUUCUUAGGUGCAUCUGUAUCAGCCCUUAUCUUCAUGGCAGACCGUGAAAAUA